GAACCGACAUCAUCACCAGACUCUUCUGACCUACUAGAGUUGAACUAGAAACAUCAGCCUCUCGGUAUCUCGUGUAUGAGCAACCGUCAUUCAAAAACCUCCAGCCCAUCAAACUCCCCAAAGCUUCCUAGCAGCCACGCUACACCAGAAGUCAGACAACCCACCGAAUCUUCUGCAACUCCUCAGGACUUUACGGAAACCCCUCAAGCUCCCGCUGAACAACCAAUCUCAACGCCUGUGAUAAUCAUCACUGGUUCCCCGUCUUCACGUGCUCCAAGUCCAGAGUCAACAAUACGACAAGGCCGUUCUCUAGGUCACCGGCACCGCGACUCGACCUCGCAGCCUCCACGAAGUCACCGCUCCUCAACUCCCUACGAACAACCCAGGCGUUCGUCUUCACAACCAGAAGUCGAAUCUAGAACAACAACAGCCACGACCAUGUCAUCCUCAUCUUCCUCCCCAGGCAACACCUCUACUGCUGGUGCUAGCUCUGGAUCCAGCAAUCCAUCCUACCAGCUCCCCUAUGCGCCGUUCCCGUACCCGAUGCCAGCCAAUGCGCGCGGGUCGGGUCAGCAGCAGAGUGGCGGUCAGAGCAAAUAG